AUGCCAUUUGAGGUUAGGGAAGCCAAGGCUACUGAGUUUGAGAAUCUAAGGCAGAAUGACAUGACUGUUCAGGACUAUUAUCUCAAGUUCGUGUCAUUGUACAGACAUGCUCCUCACGUGGUUUCGGAUAUGAGAGCCAUGGUUAGAAGGUUUGUGCUUAAGCUUAAACUCAGGUUUCACAGGGAUGCUAAUACGGCUGCUCAGAAUGACAGGAUGACUAUUUCGAAGAUACUGGCAUUUGUGCAAGCUAAUGAGACUAGGCUGAAGGAAGAAGAAGCCCUACAGAAGCAGAAAGAUAGAGAGUUCAACAAGAGGGCUAAGUCUGCUGGUAAUUUCAGUCAGAGAGGAUGUCAAGGAGGUGAAAACCGCUCACAGUCUCAGGCCAGCAUGACCGACCGUGGUUUCCAACACCCUACUUGCAACACUUAUGGUAAGAAGCACUCAGGAGUAUGCCAUUCGGGCAUGGAUGAUUAUUUUGGGUGUGGUCAGCCAGGUCAUUUUCUACGGGAUUGUCCAUCAGUGAAACAGAAUAUCAGAGGUAACAGUAAUAUAGCUCAGUCCACUAAUUCAGCAGCUCCUCGAAAUUGCCAAGCCCAGCAGGGGGGUGGGGCAGCAAAGUUUAGAAAUACAGGCAGUGGUCAAUAUCGUCUGUAUGCAAUGUCAGGACGUUAG